UGAAUUCAGUCGGUUAUCUUUUUAUUAGCAGAAGCAAGCAACGCGAGAAUUUUACCUAUUUUUCUUAAAUAAAAUUAUAAUAAAUCUUUACAUGGUGCUUAGAAAUGAAAUAAUAAUUUAUAAAUGUGCUGACAUUAAAGUGAUAAUGGUGUUUUUAUAUUCCGUAAAAGUCAUAUAGCGCGGUGGCGGGUUGCGAGCACGGAGCGGGCGGCGCGGCGAGCUCGGGCGGGCGGGGCGCGGACACCAUCCGGCGCGUCAAGGUGAAGAUGUCGUCGGUGUCGGCGCAGGGCGUGGUGGAGCGCGCCUCCGCCGAGCUCUCGCGCCGCAUCACGGGGCUGGGGCUGCGCGGCCGCAAGCGCUCGCCCGGCGUGGUGGAGCGCGUGGCCAAUGCGCUGUGCGGGCCCGCCGCCGCCGCCGCCGCGCCACGUGUGCCGCGCCGCCGCCGGCCCUCGCCCCGCCCGCUCGUCUGGUCGCAGUUCGUCAUGGAAGAUAGAUUUCUAGAGAAAUUCUUCCUGUACUUCAACGCGAACGAGCGGAGAGCGCUCGCGCAGGUGUGCAGCAAGUGGCGCGAGCUGCUGUACUCGAGCCCGCGCUGGUGGUCAGGUCUGGUGGCCGCGCUGGACUGCCGCGAGCUGCGUGCCGCCACCGGCUGCUGCAUGCAGAGGUUCUACAACUCGUUAGUUAGGAGAGGUAUUCGCGGGGUGGUUUUAGUUUCGGCGACGGAUGAUGAUAUAAAUGAAUUUAUUAGGCAGUUUCCGUUAUCGGCUCACCAUAUUCAUGCCAUUAGCUUAAAAGGAUGCACCUUAACAGAUAGGGGGCUGGAAGCUAUCUUGGAUCACUUGCAGGUUCUGUUUGAACUAGAACUAACUGGAUGCAAUGAAAUAACAGAGGCUGGUUUGUGGGCAUGUCUAACUCCACGAAUUGUCUCGCUCACGCUUACUGACUGCAUUAACAUUGCUGAUGAAGCCGUCGGUGCCGUGGCUCAGCUACUCCCGUCGCUGUACGAAUUCUCGUUACAAGCGUACCACGUGACCGAUGCGGCGCUCGGCUACUUCUCACCCAAACAAAGCGCCUCGCUCAGUGUACUGCGCCUGCACAGCUGUUGGGAACUCACCAACCAUGGCGUCGUUAAUAUAGUACACUCGCUGCCAAAUCUGACGGUGCUGUCGCUGAGCGGGUGCAGCAAGGUGACGGACGAGGGCGUGGAGCUGGUCGCGGAGAACCUGCCGCGCCUGCGCAGCCUCGACCUGUCGUGGUGCCCGCGCGUCACCGACAACGCGCUCGAGUACAUCGCCUGCGACCUCAACCACCUCGAGGAGCUCACUCUAGACCGGUGCGUCCACAUAACAGACAUCGGUGUGGGUUACAUCAGCACGAUGCAGUCACUAGUAGCGCUGUUCCUGCGCUGGUGCUCGCAACUACGGGACUUCGGCGUGCAGCACCUGUGUGGCAUGCGCUCCUUGCAGAUGCUUUCUUUAGCUGGUUGCCCCCUCCUGACGUCGGGUGGGCUGUCGAGCCUCAUCCAACUGCGGCAGCUGCGCGAGCUGGAGCUCACCAACUGCCCCGGCGCCUCGCCCGAGCUCUUCGACUACCUCCAUGAACAUCUGCCCAGAUGCGUCAUCAUAGAAUAAGAUACACACUUCUAACGUCGCAAAACGUCAACAACAGGAUAUGACCUGAUUACCAAUAUUCCGUCGCUCAUUUAAAUGAUGUGAAGGUCAAAUACGAUUGAGAUGUCUACACCCAACCGCUAGUCGUAAUAACAAUCGUGUUUAUUUUUUGAUAUUAGGAAUUAAUUAUGUACCUAACACGUUUUGUUUAUGUCCGUGAUACUAGUCGGUUGCGUUUAUUGAAUUUUUACUAUGUUUGCGUCGUGGUGUCACGGUGUAGUUAAGUUUAAAUCUAAAACGUGGUGGCCCUUAGAGUGAAAUAGAUGUAUUCAUCAAUGUUACAUGUAUUUAAUUCCCUGUAGGUCAGCCAGUUUUGCUGAAAGUUUCGUAAGAUCCCAAGCAUUUUCCUAUUUUAAGUGGAAUGUUUUUAGAGCUUUGUUUACGUAACUAUUUUCAGGACCGCUUUAUAGUUUGAAUCAUCAACUUUUAUCAUAAGUGGUUUUAUUUUGAAAACAAUAACAGGUUUACUUUUGUUUUCUAUUAACAACUCGUAGAGAAGGCGUUCCUAAGUGUUUGCUCAAAUUAUUUGAUAUGUCAUUUCGGGAACAGUGUUUAAAACUUUAGAGUAUAUUAUUACUUUGUAUGUUUUAAAUAUAUGACUACUAUACAUGUUUACGUGUAUAAUGUAGCGCGUUUGAUACGCUCGUGGUCCAGGACACUGGUGUACAGUGGGUAUGUUGGUAUGCCUGCGCAUAUUGUUGGCUCUGCAUGAAAUUCAAUUGUAUUACAACACCCGUCUAUUAAUAUUUUCAAAGCUUUUCUUGCGAAUAGCAUAAUUUAUAGGAUUUAUAUAUAUUGAUGUAUUUUUGUGAAGACUUUCUUAGUGAUAUGAAUUCCAAUCAAGCAGUCCGGUUGUCAAGAAUUAGUUUGUAGGAUGUAUUGCAUUUUAUUACUUUCCAUAAGUAUACAAUGGAAUGUUCGUCUUUCUAGUCGAUUUGACUUUUUAUUUUCUUCCUAUAUAAGCUAAGAAAUAACCCCUUUUUAUAGUUUGACAUCUUUUCACUGUACAAUUAUUUUGUUUAUUACAGAUCUCAAAUUUCAUAA